CUGUUAUUGUGUUGCCGUAUACUCAGACUAAAGCCUGGGAGGAGCGAAAAACAAAACAAAGCAAGCAAAUCCUAUCCAGGAUACGGACUGGGUUUCCAGAAGGGCAGUUCAAGGGUUGAUCUAGCCAGGAGGGGAGGGCAAGUAGUUUCUUUUCUUUUCCAAGAUCCACGGAUUGGACACUUGAAGAAACAGAGAAAGAACAAAAGAGUCAAGCAAGUAGUAAUUCAAGCCUUGAGAGCAAGUGGAGAUGAUGGGAUAGUAGUAGGCAAGAGCUGAUUUGACUGUGACAAAUCUAGCAGAAGUAGUAUGGAGGGGUAGUGUGUGUUUUGGAAAUGUUGUGUGUGUGUGUGGAGUAAGAGAAGAUCAAUGGAAAGUAAAAGGGGGUAUCUUGGGUUCGUUGGGUAUCAAGAGUGGGCAAAGUCGGAUUUCUUCUUUGAGUCUGGUGUGAUGAUGAUGAGGAGAAAAGGAAAGGUCGAGAAGAAUUCCAUCUGGAGGGGAAAGGACGGCCUUUUAGAGGCGAGGGAACCGGCUGGAUUCUCGUUCAGGAGGCCAGGCGUGGGGGGCUAUCGGAGGAGACGGUGCGUCCAAGCGUGUGCCGGAGUUGCAUGCUUGCUGCAGCCGGCUGCCUCACUGGCCGUAUCGAGCAUGAUGAUUUGGCGCUGCGAGACAUGGCGGUGAUAGUGGUGCAGCGCCAGGUGGUGUUGUCCGGUCCCUCUCUGC